AUGGACGCGGUUACACAAGCUCACGACGAACCAAGUUCGGCUCAACAAGUUUCCAAGAGUGACCAGCAUACUCAGCUCGACCAAGAUGACUUAGAGAUGGCAAAGUCGACAAUGAUUGUCGCCGAUUCCACUGUGACCAGUGGCACUGCUCGUGCAGAGGCAAUGCAACUUGUUUGGGGCACCAAUGGACGGUGCAUAGUAUGGCUCGGUAUCUGCGUUAUGCUGAUAGUCUAUCAAUUCGACCACGCUCUGCUCUACAAUUAUCGAAACUAUGCGACUUCCGACUUCGACAAUGUCGCCGGCCUAAGUACGCUGGCAGUAGCCGGGAAUAUCGUCUUCGCCGUCGCCAAACCGCCCAUUGCUAAGAUUUCCAACGUUGUCGGCCGCGCAGAAGCUUACCUAUUCUGUAUUGUUUGCUACCUGCUGGGAUACAUCCUUUGCGCUAGCUCUAGCAGCUUUGGUGUCUAUGCCGGAGGGUUCAUUUUCGCAAAUCUGGGGAUGACAGGAGCCAACAUUCUGAACGAUAUCAUCAUUGCCGAUGUCACGAGCAUGAGAUCAAGAGCUUUUGCUAUUGGUAUCAGCUUCUUUCCAUUUUUGAUCACGCCUUGGAUAUCUGGGUUUAUCGUUCAAGACGUUGUCGGACCAGGCGGUAUUGGCUGGAGAUGGGGAAUCGGCAUGUUCGCGAUCAUCAUGCCAUUCUCUGCAGCUGCAUUGGUCGUACCAUUGCUGUACUAUCAGCGGAAAGCCAAAAAGCUGAGCGUCGUCCUGACUCAAAAAAUCUCCAUCGUCGACUUCUGCUCCCAGAUUGACCUCGGCGGGACUUUUCUGCUGACAGCUGGAUUCGCGAUGUUCUUGAUCCCUUUCAGCCUUGCCGGUUUGACACCCAGUCGGUGGGAUACUGGCUACAUCAUCGCACUGAUUGUCAUUGGUGCCGUCACGCUUGCUGGACUAUUUGUGUACGAGAUCUACGCCGCUGCACAUCCAAUUCUCCCAGCUCGAUAUUUCCGAAACAUUUCCAUUGUCAUCUGCUGUUCCCUGGGGUUUCUUGAUACCCUGGGGUUCGAAGCGACUCAUACCUACCUGUACGCUUGGGCCACAAUUGUCCACAACAUGGGCCCACGAGAUGCGACUUUCCUGAACUAUACCAACGGCGUCUGGCAGUGCCUUGUCGGUAUCAUUGCCGGAGCGAUCAUGUACAAGACCAGGCGGUAUAAGUGGCUUAUGGUGAUUGGGACGGCAAUCAAACUGCUAGGGUUUGGGUUGAUGAUACGCUUGAGAGGCGCCGACAAUUCUUGGGCCGAACUAUUUGUUGUUCAGUCAGUGCAGGGAUGGGGCUCCGGGAUAAUUGAAAUAGCCAUCAUUGUUGGAGCCCAAGUUGUUGUUCCUCAUGCUGAGAUGGCGCAGGUUACGGCGCUUGUCUUGCUGUGCGCCUUUGUCGGGGCGGCCAUAGGCGAUUCCAUUGCCGGAGGAAUCUACAGCGGGUCUUUCAAGGACGCUCUGCGACACCAUCUUGGAUCUGGGGCGACCGACACCAUCGUCGAUGCUGUGUUUGAGUCGAUCACCAGCACCGAUAUCCCUGCACAAGGUACUCCACAGCGCAAGGCUGUGAAUCUUGCGUACUCCGACGUGAUGCGCAACAUCACCUACGUGGCCGUGGGCACUUCGGUUCUUUGCCUGGUGGUAGCAUUCUUCUUGCCCGACUUGCUGCUCAAAGAGGGUCAGAGCCUAGUACCUGGCGGUAAUGCUGAUGCGUCUAUUGAGCGCGGCGAGACUGAGACUGAGACUGGCAAGAUCUGA